AUGGCUAACGGCUGUAUCCAGGAGCAGCUUUACUUAGCGAUCAAAUUAUUUUCCAAAACAUGGACCCCAAAAAGACCAGUGCCCCUAAACAUCACUCCCACUGGUGGUGAGGGAUUGUCCACCUCUAUGACCAUCACUGCUGCCUCUAAGGCUAAUCUGGAGGCUCUACAGAAGAAGCUGGAAGAGUUGGAUCUAGAUGAGCAGCAGAAGAAGCACUUGGAGGCUUUCCUUACCCAGAAAGCCAAAGUGGGCGAGCUGAAAGACGAUGACUUCCACCGCAUCCGUGAGCUGGGCACUGGCAACGGAGGCGUGGUCAACAAGGUGUGCCACAAACCCUCGGGCCUGGUCAUGGCCAGAAAACUGAUCCAUCUGGAGAUCAAGCCAGCCAUCAGAAACAAGAUCGUCAGAGAGCUACAGUUGCUACAUGAGUUAAACUCGCCCUACAUCGUUAGUUUCUACGGGGCCUUCUACAGCGACGGAGAAAUCAGCAUCUGCAUGGAACACAUGGAUGGGGGCUCCCUGGACCAGGUGCUGAAGGAGGCCAAGAGGAUCCCUGAGGAGAUCCUAGGGAAAGUCAGCAUUGCGGUUCUCAGAGGGUUAGCCUAUAUACGAGAAAAACACCAGAUCAUGCACAGAGAUGUGAAGCCCUCUAACAUCCUGGUGAACUCUCGUGGGGAGAUAAAGUUGUGUGACUUUGGUGUGAGUGGACAGCUCAUAGACUCCAUGGCCAACUCCUUUGUGGGAACACGCUCCUACAUGUCGCCGGAGCGAUUGCAGGGCACCCACUACUCUGUUCAGUCUGACCUGUGGAGUAUGGGCCUGUCUCUGGUGGAGCUGUCUAUCGGCCGGUACCCCAUCCCCCCUCCUGACGCCAAGGAGCUGGAGACCAUCUUCGGCCGGCCCAUCAUGGAUGGGGCCGAGGGAGUCAUGCACAGCAGCACCUCACCCAAACCCCCCGGGGGCAGACCUGCCAGCAGCCAUGGUCCUGUGAUGGCCAUCUUUGAGCUGCUGGACUACAUUGUCAACGAGCCUCCCCCUGAACUGCCCCAUGGAGUAUUCACUUCUGAUUUCCGUGACUUUGUGACUAGAUGUCUCAUCAAGAACCCAACAGACCGGGCUGACCUGGAUAUGCUGAUGAGCCACACGUUUAUCAAGCGCGCUGAGGUAGAGGAGGUGGACUUUGCUGGCUGGCUCUGUAAAACCAUUGGGCUGAACCAACCCAGCACUCCCCCAAGCACUGCAGACUAGACACACACACACAUAUGCAGUGGCCUGUGGAUACACAAGCAGCCUCUACAACCACAUGUAUACAAAAACACUUUCCUUGUCAGCCACCUUUCCUCUCAGGUGAUCCUGGUAUGAACUGGCCCUUGUCAGUCACUCUCCUCUGUCAGAAACAAGCCCAAAGUUACAACCUUAACAUUGCUUCAAUGGUGUGGUUAGGGCAACCCCUCACUCUGUCAG